UAGCUUCACAGCGGAAGUGAACGUUAUUUCCUGGAAUCAGACGUCGAUCCGCAGAUCAUCGAUUAUCCAUCAUCUGUCACUCAGCUCGGCCUGUGCUAACACAGUUAGCUUAAGCUGUUGUUAGCUCACACUAGCACAGUUAGCUCAGGUGGACCCGGAUCACAAAGUUUCCUCCAUGGGAGCCCACCGCAGCGAGGGAGGCCGGGACUGGCUGCAGCAGGACGGGCAGGAGCAGCUGGAGCAGACCCCGAAACCGUGGAACGUGAUGAUCAAACACAGACAGAUCCACAGACGAGGACGACGCUCGCACAUGACUGUCAGCUACACAGAUCCUCAGGUGUCCAUGGACCUGUUGAGGGCGGUGCUUCAGCCCAGCUUCAAUGAUGACAUCAUGGCUGUGUUCAUGAAGUACCAGAAGUUCUUUGAGAAAGCCGCUCAGAACGUGAAGGUGAACGUAGGGGAUGACGUUCAGACUGAUCAUCUGAUCAAAGAGGCCUGCAGGAACGUUCUAGAACAUGCCAAACAGCUGUUUCCAGAGGGGGAGGUGAAGAAAGUUCGGUCAGAGAUCGCAAUCAAGAGAACCCGACCGGCUGACGACGACUGCAGUCAAAGAGGAAGUCCCCUGCUCAAGAAGAGAAAAACCCGUCCCAGUGCAGCGCUCGUCUCGUCUGAUCGACCUCUGACCUUCACCUCUCAAGCGAAGCCGAAGCCUGAUUCCAUCAAGAGAGAAGGACCGAAGUGGGAUCCGUCCAGACUCAAUGACAGCAGCACGUUUGUUCUUGGCUCCAGAGCAAACAAGGCGCUGGGGAUGGGCGGGACCAGAGGACGAAUCUACAUCAAACACUCCGACCUCUUCAAGUUUGCUGCAGAUGCACAGGAUAAGCAGUGGUUGGCAGAGCGACAUCACAUGAGAGCGACAGGAGGAAAGAUGGCCUACCUGCUGAUCGAAGAAGACAUCCAGGACCUGUCCCGCAGCGACGAGUACAAGGACUGUCCCGACGUCAGGAUGGACGAGAUGAAGCCGUUCUCCGUUCCUUCGUGGAUGAUUGACAAGAUGAAGAGAGCCAUGGAGGCUCAGAGAGAUGCUGACCUUUGACCUCCGACUCAUCAGAGAGCAACCAUGUGAUUCACAUACUCUGACCUGAUUGGCUCCUUCUAUCCUUUCAUUUAUACUGUUUUUUAACAAAAAUUAAUAAAACUGUUUCUGACCAGAA